AUGUUACAGUGCAAUUAUCAAGCUCCAUGGGUUUCUAGCUUCAACUAUUGCAUAGAUCGUGAACUUGCAGCUAGUGAUAAUAAACAACCAUUCAUAACUUUCCAAUUAGCCACUAUAGAUAAUGAAACUGGUUUUCCUCAUAAUAGAACUUUAGUUUAUCGAGGUUGGUUAUUUAAUAAUAAAUCAUCAAAUGUAAUUACAUUCACAACUGAUAAAAGAAUGAAUAAAUAUCGAGAAUUAUUAGCUAAUGAUAAAUUUGAAGCAGUAUUUUAUUUUAGUCAUAUCAAGAAACAAUUUAGAUUUAGAGGUAAAGCAAGAAUAAUUAGUGAUGAAUAUCUUCCAAUUAUUGAUUUAGAUGCUUUAUCACUUUGUCAAUUUAUGCAAGAUACAGAUCUGAUUAUGACAACUGCCACUGAUCAACAAUCACAAUCACAACAAUCACACCAACAAGAAGAAGAAGAAGAAGAAGAAGUAAUAGUACCAACACCACGACAGGAAGAACCAAUUAUGAAUCAUACUAAAACAAACGGUAAUGGUGUACAACACAUUGAAGUCCAAAAACAACCAAUUUCUUCCCCAAUAUUAUCUCCAAGCAUAGCAAGUUAUAGUAUUAUCGAUGAUUAUACAUCAAUAGAAUUUGUUCCUCCAACUGAAGAUGAAUGGCAUGAAGAAAUUGAAAGACAAUGGAAUCAAUUAUCAAAACAAUUGAAAAAAUCAUUUAGAAAACCAUCUCCAAAACAACCUAUAACUGAUGCUAAUGCAAAAUUAAUUAGUUCAAUUAAUCGUGGAGUUGAUGGUAAGAAAGAUGAAGCUGGAUUGAAAAAUUUUGCUGUUGUUGGAUUAUUUGUUGAUUAUGUGGAUUUUUAUGAAUUGGAUAAAGAUAGAAGAUAUAUUUAUGAAAAUGAUGAAUAUCAUCAAUGGCUAGAACAAGAAGUAUGUCCAUAG